AUGACCUUCAAGAUGCCCAUCGUGUCCAAGGACGAGAUGGCUUUGAGGUUCCACCAAAACUGGCGCGAGCAAAAUCCAGAGGAUAGCACCGUUCUGGACGACACCGACGUGGAUGAUUGCCUUACGGACUUGAAUUGGCUGCAAAACCUCAACAUCAUGACGAAAAUUGGAGCUCCAACUCCAGAAACACCGCCAGCCAGUCCUGUGCCAUCUCCUGGGGACUGUUUUGGAACCACCAAGACAGUUUGCUGUGGUGACAGGUUGCUGAUCAAGUCAAAAAGCAGUAAUCUCAAUAACAAUAAGCCAAUUGUCGAAGACGUUGACUAUAAAACAAACGGAACAGUGAAGCCUCCAUAUUCAUAUGCUACGCUGAUUUGCAUGGCUAUGAAGGCAAAUAAGAACAAAAUGACUUUGUCUGCCAUUUAUAAAUGGAUUAAAGAAAAUUUUAUGUAUUACAGGAAUGCCGAUCCCAGUUGGCAGAAUUCCAUUCGCCAUAAUCUUUCGCUCAACAAAUGUUUUAUAAAAAUUCCAAGAAGUAAAGACGAACCGGGGAAAGGAGGUUUCUGGAGGCUAGAUCCUCAGUAUGCCGAAUCCUUGGUUGAUGGGAUAUUUAAGAAGAGGAGACCAGCACAAAGACAAACAGGAACCUCGAAUUCAAAGAAGGCAAGGCGAGAUAAUAACAAACUUAAAGGACAGUCCGACACGUUAUCCAGAGUUCUAGAAACAUUUCAACAAGAUACUCCGCCAAGUUCCGCCGGAUCUCUCCUUGCUCAUUCAGACAUAGAAAUAAUGGCCGAUCUCAAACCUUUGCCAGUAAUAACACAAUCUCCUCCUACCUCUCAUCAAGAAGUUUUUGCCUAUGCAACUAGUUCGAAUAACAUAUGUGAUUUCCCAGCUGAUAGGCUACUGGUGUGUGCACAACGACCUCAAAUUAAUAGCAAUAAUAAAACACCUCCUGGAUCGAUCAGUCAGGAAGACACAGAAGUACUCCAAUCCCUGGAGCCCAUUACUCAUGCUGGUUUGACAAAUUUGAGGCAAAAUCCAGCCAUUAAUGGACAGAACAACGCUGGUAAUGAUCUUUGCUGGAAUGAAGUCCUUGGUGAUCCAGAGUUGGAGCUUGAGAGUUUGUAUAGGUACAGGCCUGAAGACUCUAUAUCGUCUGUUGUCAACACAGCGUUGGCCCUCAAUGAUGACCUCUUCAGUUCUGAUGGUAGCAGCUGUCAAGAUCUGCCUAAUGAAUUGGACUUGGUGGCCGCAACAGCUGAUCAUCUCGAUGGCAUCGGAUCAUCAGUUGCGACCCAUAAUGGCAUGACGACGGACUGGUGGGGAUUUCAGCAUUCCUCAUUAGAUGUUACCCUCACCCCUCUGCUCAGUAUUUCUGUACCUUUCAGCAACAGUGUGAACAACUCAAUGUCUAAUGGAAACAGCAACGGCCUAUUCAUCAACGGCUAUACCGUCCAAAAUGCAACAUCAUCUUAUGUUGUGGAAAGGCCUCAGUUGUCCCAACAGCAACAGCAGCAUCAUGAUGUUUUGCAGAAUCAACCGUGGGCAGAGUGCAAAGCUGCCCUGGAGGCAGCAGCCCUUGAUCUUGAUGAUCUUGGUGAUCUGGAUCCCGUCCAUGCAUAUUGA